AAACAAAAUAUUUGUAUAAAACCAUGAGCUCCGGCAAGAGAAUAUCCGAAAGUGAAAUAUACGCCGUGCCAGAUUCGGAAAAACUGAAGCUGCUCCUAUGGAAGAACUGGCUUCUUCAAAGGAAUCAAUUGACCCAGGUUGUGGUGGCACUGGUCGUCCCCAUGGUAUUCAUAUGUCUCCUCGUAGUCCUGCGCAUUUUUGUUAAGCCUGACAGCAUGCCAGCGAGCUCAUACGACCCCGUGCCCAUCGAUAACUUGUUUUUAUACAGCAAAUCGUUGAGUGCGGGGAACAGGUUAUAUCAUGCCAACGGAACGUUGAAUAUACCCAAGCCAUUUCUCUGCUAUACGCCGGAAACUCCGGCUAAUACUGCUAUAGCUAAUAAAGCCGCAUAUCUCCUAUUUCUUAACGGUACGCGUCCCUAUGAAAGUGCCCAAAAAAUGGAACAUGACCUAGUGGAGCAUAAUUUUAUUGCCGGCAUUGAGUUUGGGGAUAACGAUGGCGGAGCUAUGAACCCGAAAUAUCCCCUCAACUUCUCCUACAGCCUGCGUUUUCCCAGUGAACUGCGAACGAUGCCGGGCCAGAUCAUAGAGACCUGGCAUACGACUGAACUAUUCCCAAGAUAUGACAUGACGGGGCCACGCAACGAGAAGGAUCCCGAUGGCGGCGUUCCGGACGGUUAUCUCCGGGAGGGAUUCCUGCCACUGCAGCAUGCCCUCACCUUGUCCUGGCUGUCGCUGGCUUCGAGUCAAGAUCCUGCUGAGUUUCCGCAGGUCGAGCUUCAGCGUUUUCCCUACAGGGAAUACAUUUACGAUCCGCUGUUGCGGGGAAUGCGCCUACUGCUGCCCUUCAUGAUCGUUCUGUGCUUCAUGUACCCCUGCUCUGUGGUGACCAAGGAUGUGGCCGCCGAAAAGGAGCUGCAACUGAAGGAGACCAUGAAACUGAUCGGCGUGGGCAACGCUCUGCAUUGGAUUGCCUGGUUCGUGAAGAGCUACCUAAUGCUAAUGGCCGUCGUGCAGAUCAUCAUAGUUCUGUUCAAGGUAAAUUUCUAUCACUCCGUCUCCAUCCUCACCUACUCCGAGUGGAUACCGAUAAUGCUGUUCCUGCACACCUACGUCAUUGCCAGCAUAUGCUUCUGCUUUAUGCUGGCCGUGUUGUUCUCCACUUCCAGCACGGCGUCAGCGGUCACCUGUAUUUUGUGGUUCAUCACCUACAUUCCCUACUCGUAUGCCUUCAACUACUACGAGACCCUCAGUCUGGCGGGGAAACUGCUGAUAGCCUUGUUCUUUUCGAACUCGGCCUUGGGCUUUGGCUUUCACAUCAUAAUGAACUUCGAGGGCACUGGCAUGGGAACAAAUUGGAAAAACAUGUUCGAGUCGGCCACUGCGGACGAUGACCUCAACUUAUUCUACUUGAUCAUUACGCUCACCAUGUCGGCGCUUAUAUACCUGGGCAUUUGCUUGUAUGUGGAGCAGGUGUUCCCAGGAAAAUAUGGCAUCGGUCGCAAGUGGAACUUUCUAUUUACGCGCAAGUUUUGGUUUGGCUCUAGGUCUCAAUCUGGAAAUGCUAGAAGGAAAAGAGGUGGAGCAGAAGAGGUUGGUUGCCAGAGGAAACGCGAGGUGGGCAUCCAAUUCAUUAAUUUGCAGAAAACCUAUGGCAAAUUUAGGGCUGUUAAGGGCCUGAAUCUGAAGAUGUUUCGCGAUGAAAUCACAGUGUUACUCGGACAUAAUGGCGCAGGAAAGACCACCACGUUGAGUAUGCUAACGGGGACAGUGCCACCCACAGCCGGAACGGCCCUGGUCAAUGGGUACGACAUCAGAACACAGUUGGAGGAGGCUCGCGAGUCGCUGGGAAUCUGUCCGCAGCACAAUGUGCUCUUUAUGAAGAUGAGUGUCCGGGAUCACAUAAUAUUCUUCAGCAAACUGAAGGGAGUUCGUGGCAAGGAGUGGGUUAACAGGGAAGUUAGCAAAUACGUGGGCAUUCUGGGUCUGGAAGCCAAGUCCUUGGUGACUGCCGAGAGACUGUCCGGCGGCAUGAAGCGAAAGCUCUCCCUCUGCUGUGCAAUGUGCGGCAGCUCCCAAGUUGUGCUCUGCGAUGAGCCAAGUUCCGGCAUCGAUGCUGCCGGCCGAAAGAGCCUCUGGGAGCUGCUGCAGGCGGAGAAGAAGGGAAGGACUGUGCUCCUCACUACCCACUAUAUGGACGAGGCCGAUGUCCUGGGCGAUCGCAUAGCCAUCCUGUCCGCUGGCAGGCUCCAGUGUCAUGGCUCCUCCUUCUAUCUUAAAAAGCGAUAUGGAACGGGUUACCAGUUGGUCUGCACCAUGCUGAGUGACUGCAACGUGGAUGCCGUAACUCAGCUGAUAAAUCGACAUUUGCCUUACUUGAAACCUGAGAGGGAACUGGGCACUGAACUGGCAUAUCGAUUGCCCCACAAUGAGACCAAGAAAUUCUCUGCCUUGCUGGCAGAUCUUGAUGAGAAUUAUGUCAAGUUGAAACUAAGUGGCUAUGGCCUUAGUGUGGCCACCUUGGAGGAUGUCUUCAUGGAGGUCAAUAGCGAGAAUCAGCAGCAGAGACGAUCCCAGGGAGGUCAGGAGGACAAGAGAGCAUCUCCUGAUUUUCAGAGCCUGGUCUUUGAUACCAGAACGAGGGAGAACAGCUGUUUCGUCCGUUACCUCAUGUGCUUUCAGGCUUUGAUGUUGAAAAAAAUUCAGGUAUCCUUUCACAAUUACUGGCUAACACUAAUACAGAUAUUCCUGCCUGUGGUCAUACUGGUCUUGACGACAUUCAACUCCCGAGCCGGCCGCAUUUACUAUGAACUACCGGCUAUGCAGAUAUCACCCCUCCAGUACCGAUCGAGCUACGUGCUCCUGGAGGACAAUUCCCUAAUGAGUGCCCUGGCCAGGGCCUACGUCAAGCAUAUAGAAAUGUAUAAAAAUCGAACCGAGUUGCUGACAACGGAUGGUGUCGGCUUUGAGAAAUACAUAUUGGGUCUGGACGAGAACUGGAACCACCGCUUGGACUAUUCCUUCAUUGCGGGAGCGACACUGGACACAAAGAAGUGCAUUGUCUGGCUGAAUAAUAAGGCCAUGCAUACGGCUCCAUUGACCCUGAAUCUGCUGCAUAAUGCCAUAGCCCGGACUUAUCUGGGCGAAGAGGCCGGCACCUAUGUGACCAACAAGCCGUUGCCGUAUAGCGAAGAUACCCGGAUCCAGCGAGUUGACAAGGGCCAAGGCUUUGGCUCCGAAUUUGCCAUGAAUUUGACCUUGUGCAUGUGUUUCGUGACGGCUUUUUGUGCAAUACCCAUUAUCAGGGAGCGGGAGACGCGAGCGAAGCUCCUGCAGUUCCUGUCUGGCGUCGAUGCUUUCUCCUACUGGAUAACAAUGUUCCUGUGGGACUUUCUGAUAUUCAUGCUCUCAGCCCUAAUGGCCAUAUUCACAAUUUGUGCCUUCCAAGUAUCGGGCUAUUCGACUUUUGUCGAUCUGGGACGAUAUUAUGCCUUGUUAUUGAUAUUUGGCUUGGGCGCCCUGUCGAUAAGCUAUGUUCUAGCAGGCUGCUUUACCGAUGCCGCCACAGGCUUUAUUCGCAUUGCAAUUUUCAAUGUGAUAACGGGAAAUGCUCUUUAUAUGCUGUAUGUGAUCUUAUCGUUAGAAGUAAUUAAUCUAAAGAAUAUUGCCGAAAAAAUAACGUGGUACUUUCGGAUAUUUCCCCAUUUUUCCCUGGCCAGUGCCGCUUGUCAUUUGCACGUGGCAGACAGUAUUCGGCAAGCUUGUGAUGCGCCCAUUGUGCAGAGACUUCCUGAACAUUUAAGGUGUAAGAGAAUGCCACAUUGUUGUAAUCUACCAAGUUACUUUGGCUGGAAACAUCCUGGAAUUUUGCCAGAGAUAACGUAUACCUUAGCUGUGGGCAUAUUUUUUUUUGUAUUUCUGAUCAUACACGAUUCCAAGCUGUUUGAAGCCAUUCACAAUGCCCUAAGGAAAUUAUGCAAGACCAAGAAAAAGCGAACAGGCGGUGGAGCUUCUGCGGAAAAUCAGGAUAUAAUAGAAGAACGUAGGUUUGUCAGAGAAAUGAUAAGUUCCAAACGAAAGGAUAUACCUCUGCUGGUGGAUAACAUCAGGAAGCAAUAUAAAAACAAACUGGCUGUGCAAGGCGUUUCGUUUCACGUGGCAAAUGCCGAAUGCUUUGGUCUCCUGGGAAUCAAUGGAGCGGGCAAGACCAGUGUCUUCAAGAUGCUGACUGGAGACACUGAAAUCACCUCUGGAGAUGCCUACGUAGAUGGUUUAAGUGUUUCCACGCAAAUGAGUAAAGUUCGCCAUAAGAUCGGCUAUUGUCCGCAAUUUGAUGCCCUGUUCGAGGACCUGACAGGACGACAAAACCUGCGCAUUUAUUGCCUAUUUAGGGGCGUCCAGUGUCGCUUUGUGUCAGAGAUAAGCAUGACCCUGGCCCUGGCCUUUGGCUUUCAGAAGCACCUCGACAAGCAGACCAAGAAUUAUAGUGGCGGAAACAAAAGGAAACUGAGCACUGCCAUAGCCAUUUUAGGCAACCCCUCGGUGGUUUUCCUAGACGAACCCACCAGUGGCAUGGAUCCCGGCGCCCGGCGACACCUAUGGAAGAUAAUUGGUCUUAUUAGGACGGCGGGCAAGUCCCUGGUCCUCACCUCACACAGCAUGGACGAGUGCGAGGCGCUCUGCACCCGCCUCACCAUAACGGUGGAUGGUGAGUUCAAAUGCAUAGGCUCAACUCAGGGGCUAAAGAAUCAGUAUGCAAAGGGCCUUUUUUUGAAAAUAAAGGUAAAGCCCCAAAAGAAAGCAUUCCAGAGAAUCGUACAGACAUCAUCGUCAACCUCGGAAACCGUAAGACUAAACGGAGAAGUUAAUGAGAACUCAGCCAAGGUCGACCAAGUAAUUCAAUUGACACCCGAAAAAGGGUUUUCGGAUCGAAUUAAAAUCGUACACAAUUUUGUAUUGAAAUAUAUCUCCGAGGCUGAACUAAAGGAUGAAUACAAUGGACUUCUCACCUACUAUAUACCCCAGACACAGAUGUUGUCUCAAGUUUUUUCACUCAUUGAGAGCAACCAGAGAAGACUAUAUAUUGAAGAUUAUUUGAUAACGCAAACAAGGCUAGAGGAAAUAUUCCUAGAUUUUGCUUUGAAUAGUGCAAAUCGUGAGGCAGAUGUUUCUAAGAAGAAACGUUGCCGCUGCUAAUACUUUGUAAUUUGUAUGUCA